CUUCUUCUCCAUUACCAAACCUUCGAAACUAAAAUGGCCACGCUCACCAUGGCCCUCUCAUCUUCAACUCCUCACAGCCUCUACCCACUUCGUAAAACCUCUUCCCCACCUCUGUUUUACACUUUACCACCCACUUUCACCACCUCUCAACCUAUUCCGAGACCUUCAUUAUUGAACACCAAAAUUCAGUGCGUUAAGGAAGAACGAGCUCCUCGAACGCCUGGUGUCGACCCCAAGGCUGGAGUUGCUCUCUACAAGCCCAAAUCGUACGAUGUUCUCGUCACUGACGCCGCAAAGUCGCUUGCUUAUGCUCUCGAAGAUGGAAAGACCCGUUUGGAGAUUGAUUUCCCGCCCUUACCAAGCAACAUAUCUUCGUAUAAGGGAUCUUCAGAUGAAUUCAUUGAUGCCAACAUUCAACUGGCCUUGGCUGUUGUAAGGAAGCUCCAGGAAAGAAGGGAAACCAGAGCCUGCAUUGUGUUUCCUGAUAAACCAGAAAAGCGCAGGGCCUCGGAGUUGUUCAGAUCAGCUAUAGACUCGAUUGAUGGUAUAACUAUAGGUUCCUUGGAUGAUAUUCCUGGGGAUGCUGUCAGUUCAUUCUUCAGAUCAAUAAGGAGCACACUCGAUUUUGAUUUUGAAGAUGAGAAUGAAGAUCGUUGGACAUCCAGUGAACCUCCUUCUCUAUAUAUAUUUAUUAAUUGCAGCACACGUGAACUUGGUACAAUAGAGAAGUAUGUGGAAAAGUUUGCCAUGUCAACCCCAACACUUUUGUUUAAUCUUGAACUCGAGACAUUACGUGCUGACUUGGGUCUUCUGGGAUUUCCACCCAAAGAUCUGCAUUACCGAUUUCUUUCUCAAUUCAUUCCAGUGUUCUACAUUCGAAUUAGAGAAUACUCAAAGACAGUAGCAGUAUCCCCUUAUAUCGUUAACUACAAUGGAGCACUGUUUCGCCAAUACCCUGGGCCGUGGCAGGUAAUGCUUAAACAAACAGAUAGUUCUUUUGCUUGUGUGGCAGAGAGUACUACACGAUUCACUCUGGGUGAAACUAAAGAAGAAUUAUUGAGGGUCUUAGGACUACAAGAGGAACAAGGAAGCUCACUUGAAUUUCUUCGCAGAGGCUACAAGAGUUCUACUUGGUGGGAAGAAGAUGUUGAGCUAGAAGCGUAUUCUGAAUGGCGCAGUUGAGCAAGAUCAACAGAAAGGCAACCAAAGAUAUCGAAAUGUGCCUCUGUGGUCCUAUGGAUCCGUGACAGCCAAUCUGGUAAUUACAAGAUAUAUCAACAUGCGAGGCUUCAUUUUUUUAGUUGAAAUAUAGUAAAUUCUUUUAUGGUUUGAAAGGAACUGAAUCCUUGUGAGAUAUGCUGGAAACCUGAAAAUGUUACCUCUAUUCAGUUGUAUAGAAAAUAUAAGAAAACCAGGAGGAAUUUAACUCCCAAAAAUUUUCAGUGCAAUGAGAAUAUUGUCACUUCAACAA